AUGAGUGCGGAAGAGGUGAAGAAUGUGGCGAACGAUCACUUCAAGAGACAGGAGUACGACAGAGCCAUCGAGUUGUACACUGAAGCCAUCGAAAUGGACGGAUCCAAUGCCCAGCUCUAUGGCAACCGAUCCAUCGCUUACCUCAAGAAGGAGUUCUUCGGCUACGCGUUGGGCGACGCCUCCAAAGCCAUUGAAUUGGACAAGAGUUACAUCAAAGGCUACUACAGACGAGCCAUGGCUCAGAUGGCACUGAACCGAUUCAAACUCGCCGUCAAAGACUUGGAGACUGUGGUGAAGUACAGGCCCAACGACGCCGACGCCAAGAAUCGGCACAACGAGUGCCAGAAGAUUGUACGCCGACUGGCCUUCGAGAGGGCGAUAGCUGUGGAUGAGGUGAAGAAGUCUGUGGCCGAGUCGAUAGACUUGGAGAGUAUGUCGAUCAGUGAUGACUACGACGGCCCCAAACUGACGGACGGAAGGGUUACCAAAGAGUUUAUGACACAAAUGAUGGACUAUUUCAAAGACCGACAGAAGCUUCACCGCAAAUACGCCUAUAAAAUGAUUUUAGACGCGAGACAACUGUUCGCUAAAGACCUGACUUUAGUGGACGUCCACAUCGACGAGGACCAGAAGUUCACGGUUUGCGGUGAUAUCCACGGCCAGUACUACGACCUCUUGAAUAUCUUCCAAUUGAAUGGAUUGCCGUCUGAGACGAACCCCUACUUAUUCAACGGAGACUUCGUCGACAGGGGCUCCUUCUCUGUCGAAUGCAUUCUCACUCUAAUUGGUUUCAAACUCUUGUAUCCCAAACACUUUUUUAUGUCCAGAGGUAAUCACGAAAGUCAGACUAUGAAUCAAAUGUAUGGCUUCGAGGGCGAAGUGAAAGCCAAAUACACGUCACAAAUGUACGAAUUGUUUGCCGAAGUGUUUAAUCUGUUACCUCUGGCCCACUGUAUCAAUGAGAGAGUGCUUGUAAUGCAUGGCGGCCUCUUCAGCACCGACACCGUCACUCUGGACGACAUCCGCACCACUGAUCGCAACCGACAGCCACCUGAUGAGGGCAUUAUGUGUGACAUUCUCUGGUCAGACCCGAUGCCAUCCAAAGGUCGCGCCCCCAGCAAACGCGGGGUCGGCGUUCAGUUCGGGCCCGACGUGACCGACACCUUCUGUAAGCUCAACAAAAUUGAUUACAUUAUUCGCAGCCAUGAAGUCAAACCCGACGGAUAUGAAGAGGCCCACUCCGGCAAAUGCAUAACAGUAUUCUCUGCGCCUAACUAUUGCGAUACAAUGGGCAACAAAGGGGCGUUCAUUACGAUGAAGGGCUCCGAUCUGACCCCUCGGUUCACGACAUACUCGGAAGUGCCUCAUCCUAACGUCAAACCCAUGGCCUACGCCAACAGUCUGUUCUCAUUCAUGUGACCAUAGAUUGACUUAACUCUUAGAUUACAAAUAAAUACCAUUUAAUAAUAAAAAAGAAAUACAAAAAUAGGAACAAAUGUUUAGAUUUUCUACAGAAAGACAUUUAUCGUUAUUAAUGAGAAAAUGUGAUACAAAAAGGAUUAUUUGAAUAAUUUUUUAUUGAUUUGUUUGAAAUGUCACCAUACC